CUCCCGCGAUCACACUGCGCCUCCUCCUGCUCAACAAUGGCGUCGGCGGCGACCUCCUUCUCACCGUCCUUCUCCGCCGCGGCCUCCUCGAAAUCGUCCCCCGCCAGGGCCCUCGCCAUGUCCCCCGCUCGCUCCGGCCUGGGGUUCCUCUCCUCGUCCUCCUCCAAGGCCCUAAGGGCCGCCGCCACCGCCGCCGCCUCCGCCGCUGCCGCCGGAAAUGGCGCCGGAGGCUCGGCCCUGGGGGCUCGCAUGGUGUCCGUGCCGGCCAUCAAGCCGCUCACGUCGCUGGACUUCGAGACAUCGGUGUUCAAGAAGGAGAAGGUCACGCUCGCUGGUCACGACGAGUACAUCGUGAGAGGAGGGAGGGACUUGUUCCCACUGCUGCCCGACGUGUUCAAGGGAAUUAAGCAGAUCGGCGUCAUUGGAUGGGGUUCUCAGGGUCCUGCUCAAGCCCAAAAUCUGAGAGAUUCUCUGGCUGAAGCGAAGUCUGAUAUUGUGGUUAAGAUCGGACUCAGAAAAGGUUCCCGAUCUUUUGCUGAAGCUCGUGCUGCAGGAUUUUCUGAGGAGAAUGGGACACUGGGUGAUAUAUGGGAAACCAUUUCAGGAAGUGAUCUUGUGUUGCUACUGAUUUCUGAUGCUGCACAGGCGGAUAACUAUGAGAAAGUAUUUUCUCACAUGAAGCCAAACAGCAUCCUAGGUCUGUCUCACGGGUUCCUUUUGGGGCAUUUGCAAUCUAUGGGACUUGACUUCCCAAAGAACAUCAGCGUGAUUGCUGUAUGCCCCAAGGGAAUGGGUCCCUCUGUAAGGAGACUCUAUGUCCAAGGCAAAGAGAUAAAUGGUGCUGGAAUCAAUUCCAGUUUCGGAGUCCACCAGGAUGUUGAUGGAAGGGCCACUGACGUUGCCCUUGGUUGGUCGGUUGCACUUGGUUCUCCAUUUACAUUUGUCACAACUUUGGAGCAGGAGUACAAAAGUGAUAUCUUUGGGGAGCGUGGCAUUUUACUUGGUGCUGUUCAUGGAGUUGUGGAAUCCCUGUUCAGAAGGUACACUGAAAAUGGAAUGAGUGAAGAUCUGGCGUACAAAAAUACUGUUGAGUGUAUAACUGGCAUCAUCUCGAAGACCAUUUCAACGCAGGGCAUGUUGGCUGUUUACAAUUUACUGUCUGAUGAAGGAAAGAAAGAAUUUGAGAUGGCAUACAGUGCAUCGUACUAUCCUUGCAUGGACAUCUUGUAUGAGUGCUAUGAAGAUGUUGCCAGUGGUAGUGAGAUUCGCAGCGUUGUACUUGCUGGACGGCGCUUUUAUGAAAAGGAUGGUCUACCUGCUUUCCCAAUGGGCAAGAUAGAUCAGACCCGCAUGUGGAAAGUGGGUGAGCGCGUGCGAGCAGCAAGACCAGCUGGUGACCUUGGUCCAUUAUUUCCUUUCACAGCUGGUGUCUUUGUUGCAUUGAUGAUGGCCCAGAUUGAAAUGUUGAGGAAGAAAGGACACUCCUACUCUGAGAUCAUUAAUGAGAGUGUUAUAGAGGCAGUUGAUUCUUUAAACCCCUUCAUGCAUGCUCGUGGAGUCUCUUUUAUGGUCGACAAUUGUUCGACCACAGCUCGUCUUGGGUCAAGGAAGUGGGCUCCCCGAUUUGAUUACAUCCUGACUCAACAAGCUUUAGUUGCUGUGGACAAUGGUACCCCAAUUAACCGGGACCUCAUCAGCAACUUCUUGUCAGAUCCGGUGCAUGGAGCAAUUGAAGUUUGCUCACAGUUGAGACCUACCGUUGAUAUCUCCGUGUCUGCAGAUGCAAACUUUGUCCGACCUGAGCUGCGACAGUCUGCCAAUUGAAGCUUUUUGAUGAUAAAGCUAAAGCGCAUGUUUGCAUGUGAUAAUGUAUUAUCGUGCAUCUAAGUACGGUAUGUGGGUUAUUGUAUCGUAUUUCCCUGUCUGAAUUACUGCGAGUUUGUGCCUGUUGAGCUAAUGACAGAUCAUGGACCCUUUUUGCCCUA